GAGGUCCCAGUACAAUGUUUUAUUUUGAAGAGCCUUUCCGGAUGUUAAAAAUAACGACAUCACGUAAAAUAUCUACGACAGUCUCUGGGACAUCAUGAUGGACCACCGCCUGCAAACAUGUUUAUGUCCUGAAACGAUGCUGAAAUGUGAAGUUUUACCAUCAGAUGUGCUCACAGUAGUCGUUGGUGAAGAAGAGCAGCAGGAGCGCAGGGUGAAGCAGGAGGAGCCACUGCCCGCCUACGUUAAAGAGGAAGAGGAGGAGCACAGCAUCAGUCAAGAGGAAGAGGAGCUAAAAGGGUUUGAGGAGGUGGACAUAAGCAAGGUCCAAGUGAAGUAUGAAGAAGAUGAUGAGGAGCGAGCCGAGUGGCCACAUUUUCAUCACAGUGAGGAGAUGAGAGGCGAAGACUACAUUUUAGAUCCACUGUCAGACUGUGAAGAGACAUCACAAUCUACAGACACUGAUGAAGAACUUCUGAAGACUAAAAAACACUCGAUAGGCGACCACGACAAACACUUUCAAUGUUCUCAUUGCAACAAAAGUUUUGGAAAAAAAAAGAAUCUGACAACACACAUGUCGCUUCACACGGCAGAAAACCCUUUUAGUUGCUCGUUUUGCAGUAAGACAUUUAAGAAGCGCUCCAAUUUAAUCACCCACUGUCGUAUUCACACCGGUGAGAAACCGUUCUCCUGCUCGCUUUGCGGCCUUAAGUUCUCUCAGAAAGGCAGCUUGGUGAGACACACCACGACUCACACUGGAGAAAAGACGUUUACCUGCCCGGUCUGCAACGUCAGUUUGUGUCAGCGCUCCGACUUGAUCGUCCACUCUCGCAUUCACACCGGAGAAAAACCUUUCACUUGCUCACAUUGCGGCGUCAAGUUCUCUCAAAAAGGUAGCUUGGCUCGACAUAGGAGGAGCCACACCGGGGAGAAACCUUUCUCCUGCUCAAUCUGCAACACCAGCUACAGUCGGCGGUCAGCUUUGGUUCAUCACAUGAGAACACACGCAGGAGAUAUUUGUAGUUGAGUGUUUGAUGAUUAAAAAGUCUGAAAAAUAUGCAACUAUUGGUACUUUACUACAUAUGUGUGGUCUGUUAAAUCCAACACGCUAAACAAAUGUUCAAACAUUCCUUGCCCUAAGGCAGCAGUGUCCAAAGUGUGGCCAGCAGCUUGUUUUUUAUGAGCAAAAAAACCAUAAAAAAGAGGAAACUUAAAGAAACGUCGUAACUUAAAGCUGCAUUAUUUCUAAAUGACCACCAACGUCCCUCAAACGCUUUACUUCUAUUCCUUUGUGGGCUUGGGAGAGAGACCACUGCACUGCUUUAUUUUCGCCAGAGCGGGUCUUUUCCUAUCGUUAAAGAUACCGUCUUUAUCCUUCAGUCGCAGUGUUGAUUUCUCUACUUUCUUAACAUUUGACUAUUUCUAAAUUCAUUUCACUUUCAUUUUCAUUGACGCACUGCCAUCAGAAAACUCUGCCUCCUGCUUGGAAGAUGCAAUAAUGGGGGAAAAGGGAAGCGCACGUUGCUGGUUGUCUUUUUAAAUAAAAUGAUAAAUGGGUUGUACUUGUAUAGCGCUUUUCUACCUUCAAGGUACUCAAAGCGCUUUGACACUACUUCCACAUUUACCCAUUCACACACACAUUCACACACUGAUGGAGGGAGCUGCCAUGCGAGGCGCCAACCAGCACCCAUCAGGAGCAAGGGUGAAGUGUCUUGCUCGGGACACAACGGACGUGACGAGGUUGGUACUAGGUGGGAUUUGAACCAGGGACCCUCAGGUUGCGCACGGCCACUCUACCACUGCGCCACGCCGUUUUUAUACAGUAUUAAUCAUUUGUGGGACUGCAUCAAAAUCAUGAAAUGAAAACAUGAGUUCUGCCUGUAAGUUAUCUAUGUUUUUUUUUAAAGCGUUUUUACAAUAUUUUAAAUGAACAUAUUUAAAUUUUUCAGUAUGCUUCCCUUGGUGGAAAAAGGGAUCAUGUCGUCAUGACUGUAAUAUUUUUCCAGAGAUUUGUUGAAUAUUUUAUGGCAGUAAAACCCUGGUGUUAAAUGAUUAUGUAAACUUGUCAGCAUCCAAUCAGAAACUCUAAAAGGACCACCACAUUUUACAGCAGUGCUUUGUGAACUGUAUUAAAAUCUUACCUGUCAAGUGUGAACACAGAUGUCCAAACAUGUCUGGUCAUCUGUUGAGGUCUUCUCCUGCCACAUGUAGGCAGGGGGCGUUGUUUCAUGUAACACAAACGGUCUUAAGAAUACAGUAAUUUGUAGUUUAUAGAGGAAAAGCCCUGUAUCCAUAGCAACAGCACAGGCAGGAAUAAAAAGCAGCAUCAAAGCAGCAGUCGGCUUCAUUUGAAUCAAAUCCUCCAUUUUUUAUUUGCUUGAGCUAACAUUCUGAACACGUUGAAUGUCAUUGCAGGCUUUUUGUUGUUCUUACACAGCUAAGUGCUUUGGAGUUUAUAAAUAAGUCAGUUUGUGCUUCAUCACUGUGUCAAACAUCUGACAAUGACUCAAGAACCUUCUAGAAGUUACUAAUAAUGAUGAAUAGCGCUACCUAGCAAGCUAACAAGUAUUGCUAUGUGACAAAACCCUUAUUAGGGACGAUCUAGUCAGUCGUCAAGGUCCACACGACGAACAUACACAAAUUUAAAUAGCUGUACACACGCACGCGCACACGCACGCACACACACGCACACACAAACACACACACACACACACACACACACACACAUUACACAGAACAUUAGAGUAGACUUGGGGUCACGCUACAAGUCCAAGUGCUUGUUUAGUCUGAUGUGAUCAAGUCCAGAUCUGGAUAAACCUGGUGGU